AUAACCGUAUAGUGGGCGGCGAUCGCGUUUCCAUCGAGACAUACCCCUUCAUGGCUAGUGUGCAGCGGUAUUGGAAGGACGGUGGCGUGUACAGUCAUGCCUGCGGCGGCUCGCUCAUCACAACAACAGCCGUGCUCUCCGCUACUCAUUGCUAUGCACGAAAUCAUAAUGCGAUAGAACAUCGUGUACGACUCGGGUCCAGCUUACACGAAACAGGGGGCUCACACAUAGCGGUCUCGCGUUUCAUCCUGCACCCUGAAUUUGUUACCAUACUGUGGCUUAACGACGUGGCUAUCAUUAGGCUGGCAACAUCGGCGCCACUGUCCAAUAGGAUUCAAGUGGCGCGUAUUGCGGGACCGAACUACCCUCUGCCGGACGAUUUAAGAGUUUACGUUGCUGGAUGGGGGGCUAUGCGUUCUAACCGACCAGCCGGUUCGCGUAUUCUACGUCACACAUAUGUGCGUAUAAUCAACCAAGAGAUCUGCACUGAGCGCUACGCCCAACUCCAGGCCCAACCUGGUAUGGAAGAUAUGGCCCUAGUGACACCUGAAAUGUUCUGCGCCGGACUCCUCGACAUCGGCGGUCAGGACGCUUGUCAGGGCGACUCGGGUGGACCCGUCGUACAUGAAGCCAACGUUAUAGUCGGCGUCACAUCCUGGGGAUACGAAUGUGCUCAUCCUCGCUACCCCGGCGUAUACGUCCGGGUACCGUCCUACACGCAAUGGAUAGUGGAUAAUGCGGUAGCGUAAUGAACU